AUGUCUGGUUUCAUCGGGAGGUGGAAAUUAGUGGAAUCCAAAGAUUUCGAUAAAGUGAUGAAAGAACUCGGUGUUGGCUAUAUGACAAGGAAGAUUGCGGAGAAUACAAAACCGGUCGUGACAAUCAGUAAAUUUGGUGAAAAUGGGCUAACCAUGAAGACGGAAUCUACGUUUAAGACUACUGAAGUCUCAUUUCAGUUUGGUGAAGAAUUCGAUGAAACUACCGCUGAUGGCCGCCACGUCAAGUCAACUAUCACGAAAGACUCAGAUUUUCGUAUAACUCAAGUUCAGAAACAUCCGGACAUGGACACCCAUAUCGUUCGACAGGUUGAAAAUGACAUUAUGGAUACAGUAAGUCGAGAGCAACCUUCGCGAUUGUCACUUUGGACUAAGUGCAAUAGCUUGAAUAAUUGUUCAUUUGUAUUUCCUCGCAUGACUGAAAAUUAG